AUGGUCCAAAAACAGCCUGAAGAGCAGUUUGCUGAAGAGGCUGAAGAAAUGAAUAUGUCCAAAUUGGACUAUCAUUUGGACGAGUAUCCGCAUCUUUUGGCUAAAGCGCUGAUUGCUGAAAAGGGCCAGAAAGCUUUGAUAAAAAGGCUUUAUAAUGAUCAAGCUGAGUUGAUCGAAAAGUGUUCAGUAAACGACUUAAGACGUGCUGUUUACGAAGGAUCGUUUGUUUCCGUCUUAGAGGGUCGUAAGCUGGCCGCCCUCUUUAUUCCAAAAAUUGGUUUAAAAGGCUUCUGGUUACUUGUAAAGAACGUCAUACAAAAAUCCAGUACUGCAAAGAAAUUGUGUGAAUAUUAUGGGGAAAUUUUUUUAUCGGCAUGGAAGUCAGCCGAACCAGAUGAAAAUCGUAGAAACGUGGAAUUGAUAUUUGAAGAUGUUGUCCGUUACGCAAUUACAACAGAUUUGAAUACAAGUGAAAGUUUCCGUUCUGUUUUAAAUCCUCUUCUUGCUACAAGAAACAAGCAGACUGAUACAAUGAUUGAGAGGAUUCUAAGGCCAAAUUUGUGGAGGUGUCUCAAGUCAGUGAAUGGUAUUGCCCGCUACAACGCCUGUAAACUGUUCUUUUCGUUUUAUCCUCUUGUGAAGGAAGAUGACUUAGAGAACGGAGAGCUUUUAGGAGUACAAUUAAAUACUAUAGCAGAUUUACUCGCAGAUCCAAGUGUUCCUAUACGGGCAUAUGCAUGCAAGCAGGCCCUGUAUAUUUUCAGUCUUUUUUGGAGCGUUUUCUCCACGGAAUAUCGCAAAACAAAUUUUGGGAAGAUUGUGGAUAAACUAGCACGGGAUGUUUCUUCGGAGGUUCGCCUAGCAGUUUUUGAAGGCAUGCGAUUUAUGAUACCCUGUCCAGAAGCCGUUAAUGCAGUGGAGAAUGCUGUAAAGCGAAUAAUCUUGUGGGGUGUCAAUGACAAUGUGGUUAAAAUUAGGAUAGCUGCUUUUCAACUUCUUGGAGGUUUCAAAAAUCAUCGCUACAUUAAAUGGUGGAACGUCAUUGAAUUACGACAAAUACUUGAGCGUCUUGAAAUAGAGAAAGUAGAAGCGGUUAAGAAAGUUAUUGCUGAGCUUCUGAUUGGUCGAGUUUUUACUGUCAACAUUACCGAGGACGAAAUUUUGAAGAAAGUUGUAUACUUGGGAAAUAUGAGUCGUUUGGGCGUUAUAAAGUUUCACGAGUGCAUAUCAAAGCAUCAGUUAAUUGGGUUGGAACAAGCAGUUGAACAUCUCAUUGCGAUGGGUACUACCGUGUACAAACUUUCCCGUUCCUACGAAAGGCAUCACCAGCAAUCAUUAGCUUCAUUUGACAUAACGGAUGUCUCAUUUUCAUCCAUUGACCAGACACCUCCGCUUGUAGUUGAUGCUGCGGAAGGUUUGUUCUUUCAUAGUCGAUUUGUUAUCAAGGAAUCGUCAUUGGUUGAAACAAUUCUUGUUCUUGGCAGCACUUUACGUGGGGGUAGUGAACUAACUCAAAUAGCUAACAUCAUUUUUAAAGAAUUAUCGUCUUCUGCAAUGGACUCAGCUCCGGUUGCGGGAUAUGUUGAAGCUUUAGCGAAUUGGAAUCUGUCGAAGGUUAUUGAGAUAGUUGAUGCUGGACUAAAGAGGUUGCAGAUCGAGUUCAAAAACCUCAAUAGUCAAAAGAAGUCGAGAAGUAAAGACCAAGUAGACGUUCGUAAAGUGUUUUUAUUGUUGGAAACAAUGUUGAAGAGCCCAACCAUUCAGCAGAAUUUGGUUCAGAAUUUUCAUGGUUUUCUGAUGAAGUUCUACCUGGAUUCGAGUUUGGUUAAAGAUGCUAUAAGUAGAAGAAUUUCGCUUCGGGAAGAGUCCUGGGAAAAUUUUCCUUUGUUUUUAACAGAAAAUGCUAUACGCGCGCUGGAACUUCGUCAAACGCUAGCCAUCAUUUUAGUUAAUGUUACUAAAGAUGCUGAAGAGCACGAUAAUAUUUUGUCAGAAAUUCGUGCAGACUUGGAUUGGUUUGCUGCGAUACUACCGAACUUGGUUAUUAUUGAGGAGGAAAAGCAGCUUGACUUUUUAAAUGGUAUUUCGCAGGCAGUGUUACACAUGCUCAGUGUUCAUUUGGAGUCUUGUUCCUGUUCAAAAGACUUUCUACAUUCUGUCGGUAACGUUUUAGAAAUGCUUUGCAACCAGAAAGCGCCGCACUCGUUCAUUGUUCCAGUUACCAGAAGUUUAAGAAGUCUUUUCCUUGCUUUGGUUUCACUGGACACUCACGAAAUAUCUCCACACAUCAUCUACCCUUUAAUCAAUAUCUGUCUUGUUUGGGUGGUAGCUCGCUGUGAAGACGAAGGAUUUGAUGCGAAGACCUGCGCUGGGUCCUUUUUACAUCUUCUUGCCGCAUUACAAACUUACAGUCAUCUGACAGAAAAAUUACUUCUUGAUUUAUCAAAAACGGCAAUCGCUGUAUUAAUUGCAGCUCUAAAAGACGCUAAUUCUCAGAACUUGGACUGUCGUGAUCCCAGGGAAAUUGAUUUUGAAGUGGAACCAGUGGUCGCUCUGCUGAUUCAUAGAAUUUUGUUCAAGAACUUUGCUUUUCUGAGAAGCACGUUAAUCAGUUUUCAAGAUGCCCUCGCUCAAAAUCUUUUCUUUGCAGAAUUGGAAGGUGAAGAAGUUUUGUACAUGUAUGGCGCUACAAUCCAGUUUUUAUAUUUGUGUGAUGUAACCGCGGAAGAAAUAGCGCAAGGCCACUUGACUACCGUAACGAAACCUUGUGCCAUACCUGCUAAAGAAAAGUCAGAACUUCAAGAGAUCAUUCAUAACUGUUUUAAUCGAAUUAAGAGGAGCUUGGUGGAGUCUCAUCAAAAUGCAAAUUGUAACUCUCUGUGUUCGCAGCUUAUUGCUUUAUGUCCGUACACUGUGUGUAAUUUGCAACCUGCUGACCGUGCGCAGUUGACUGGGACUAACAUUAUUCUCUAG